CUUAGUGCCGAAACUAAUUGCUUACCCACUGCGCAGAGUAUCCGCGCUCGGAGGUGCGGCGCAGUAUUGUACACGUACUGCACGCGUCCCUCCCAUCGCUACUACUACAAGCGCAGCGAGGGUCUGUGCACAGCUGCCACCGACGACAGCGCGCACGUGUGCACCAAGGGCGCCAACAGGUUCGCGUCGAUGGCCGCCUGCCGAAGGUCCUGUCUGCCAGGCGGCCCAGCACGCAGAUGCCAGCAGAGUGCGCUGUUCGGGGCGUGCGAAAGGGCAGAUAUGAAGCGGCCGCUGUGGUUCUUCAACGGAACCCACUGCUUCGAGUGGCGCUACCCGCUCGGCCAGUGUCCGGCACCGGACCCGCCGGCGUUCCGGUCGCGCAGAGAGUGCCGCAAGCUGUGCCCCGUGCAGCGGCGCCGAUGCCGGCCGCCCGAAGCCACCGAGCACUGCAGCGCGCGCCUCCUGCGCUACCCCGUGUUCGCCGCUUCGACGCCAGGCGUCGGGAUGGCCUGCUUGCGCGUCGGGCCCGCGUCGCUGCUGCCGUACCGGUGUUUGCGCGGCGCCAACAGGUUCCGCUCGGCCAAGGACUGCGAAAGACUGUGCGCACGUGACCGAACGGACUGAUCGAGCGGGUCUCUCGGGGCAUGUCAUUACCGUCACUUAGCAACUAGCCGAGUCAUCCUUUUUUUUUUUCGUCGCACAACGCUUCGUGAUCGCAGUGAUGGCGAGAUUUACUUAGCGUCCAGCUUAAUUUCUUCAGGUAACGAAUUUUAGCUUUGGGUGCAUAAAGUUAAAAAUUGGCGUAUAAAGGCAAGGCCCAAUGCAACUUUUAAACUGUCGUGCAACACUUGUCUUUUAUUGUAGAAGAAGGGCUGUUUACAUGUCACCGCUAUUGGGCUAGCUAUCACGCUAGCCACAAUAUGUAAAAUAAACGAACG